AUGGCUUCUGAAGCUCGAGUCCUCAAGGUCCCCCGGAGUGACGACAAGUCUUCCUUUGUCCUUUUACAAGCCACACCCAAGGGUUCAAAGCAACUUGAUUUGAAGCUGGUGGGUACUGAAGGAGAGGAACCUUACGUCGCAUCCUUGAAACAUGAUAAGGUCGUGUCUCUCCGUGUGAAGAAUUGUCCUGCUUCAGAGAGCGAAUGGCAGCAGAUUCUCGAAGACUUGUUUCAGCAGGUACCCCUUCCAGAUAUUCAAGCCACAGCCACGGUCCAGAGCGAAAAGUCUAUCUCAAUCACCAUUCGAAAGGACAUACAGGGUAUCACUCAACGUCUGGGCUCAAUCACCCUCGAUCAUGAUCCAGAUGAGGCCAUUGAGUUAUUCGAUUGGUGUGGUGCAGCGGUCGAGGCCUCUACCUCAAGUAAAGAAACUGCGGCAAACCUGUCGGCAAAAUCCUCCGAGUCGGAGGCUGUUGUGGCCCAGCUCCAGUUACAGCUGGAAGAGUUAAUCAAAGCGAAGGAAGAGGAUGAAACAGCGUUGCUGAGGAAGUUCAGGGAUCUCAUCAACGAGAAGAAGCUCAGAAUUCGUGAACAGCAGCAAGUAUUAAACACAUUAUCAACAAAUCCCAGCAUGGCGGGUCAAUCUCAGCGUUCCCAGGCUGUCGAAGCCUCUGUUCAGCAACCGAAACCAAAGAAGCCUAUUCGUCAAGCUGGCAAGUCAAGGGCGUCGAAAAGAAAGGCUCCUGCGUCAAGAAGACUUGAAGAAUCAGACGACGAUGACGCUGUUGACACGAUGAGCGUCGACCUUAAGCAGGAGGCCGUGGAUACGGAUCCCGGAAACACCACAGAAGCGACAGCAUCCGGUGAUAGUGACGACGAAGAUGACGAUGGGCUUGACUCAGGACCCCCUCAGCAGAACAAAGCGCCAUAUGCUGUUUCACGAGGAAAGACUGCUUCCAGAGAGAGCGAAAGACCGCCGCCACCGCGAGCUCUCCCGUUCGAGACAAAGAAGUCGACAAAUGUUGCACCUGUGCCCGCUCCUGCAGGGAGUGACACUGAAUCUGACGAUGAGCUGUGA